AUGACUUUCAAACUACUGGUGUGUUUUGCACUGUUGGCCAUACAGUGUGCGGUGGGACGGGAUGACGGACUGUUGCUUCUGGAGAAGUUCAGAGUCCGCCUGUCUGACCGGCGGCUACCAAUGUUUCUAUUGGGUUAUGUUUACGUCAUGGUCGACGACACCUGGAGCGAAAUGCAAAGGGAUUCAAAGAACCGACUGGUGCCCCAUAAGGAGCGCUUCCCCAGUGGUAUAAAAGGGCUGGCAGAUUAUGUCCACUCAAAGGGCCUCAAAAUAGGUAUUUAUGGUGAUGUCGGGCCCAGGACCUGCGGCGGAUAUCCGGGAUCGAAUGGAAAGAAUGACUCUGGUGACUAUUACGACAUCGACGCCAAGACAUUCGCCGAGUGGGGGAUCGAUGCACUCAAGUUUGACGGCUGUGAUGAAGACACCAAACGCUUCGACGACUUGUACCCCAAAAUGGGUAAACUCCUCAACGCAACAGGCCGUCCAAUGGUCUACAUCUGCGAGUGGCCUCUGUAUCAAAAGAACGCUAAUUAUUCAGCGGUAGCCAACACUUGCCAUGUGUACAGAAACGCUGGCGAUAUCCAGCAGACGUGGCAAUCCGUUCAGUCUAUUAUCAACUUUUAUGGCGAUAACAAUGAUUUGUUCAGCAAAUAUAGUGGACCAGGACAUUUCUUUGACCCAGGCCGUCCAAUAGUCUACAUCUGCGAGUGGCCUCUGUAUCAAGAGGACGCUAAUUAUUCAGCGGUGGUCGACACUUGCCAUGUGUUCAGAAACUAUGGCGAUAUCACUCAGACGUGGCAAUCCAUUCUGCCAACUAUCAACUUUUAUGGCGAUAACAAUGCUUUGUUCAGCAAAUAUAGUGGACCAGGACAUUUCUUUGACCCAGACAUGAUAGUAGUGGGCGACUACGGUAUGUCCCACGAGCAGAGUCGCACCCAAAUGGCGAUGUGGGCCAUGUUUUCGGCUCCUCUUUACAUGUCUAACGACUUGAGAGAGAUCUCUCCCGAAGACAAAAAGGUGUUACAAAACAAGGCUAUAAUUGCUGUCAAUCAGGACAAGAAUGGCAUUAUGGCUAAACGUGUCUCAAAAGCAAACUGGGAACAGGUUUGGACCAAAAAGGUUGAGCCGCAGGUAAACGGCCAGUGGUCUUACGCUGUCGUCUAUAUGGAUAGCGACGGAAUCGGAGACAAACAUUACAUGUCACAAAAGGUGUCGACUUUGAUCCCUGAGGCUAAACCUACCACUGAAUACGUGGUGCACGACCUGUUCCAAGAUGAAGGCAAA